GCAAACACAAGAAACAGAGCACAGACGGUCACAGAUCUUCACAGAUUGUUGGAAAGGACUGUCCAUUAUGAUCGGGUCACUUCCGACAGAAAUGGAAGAAACUGAAGAAAUUUCAACCAGUACCACAGAGUGGAGAAUGGUGUCAGAUCCAAAACAAGCUGGUUGGUUUUUUUCACAAGAGCUUCUCCACAGCAACAGAGAUUCAAACAGCCUGUUUCUGAGAGUGGACAUCAGACAAGACAAGGAGGAGCAAGACCGAGCUUUGGUCACAUUCUACAACAGAGACAAUGUUCAGUGGACAUCACCACUUCAAUGCAAACUUCAAGGUGAUGUUGCAACAGGAAGUGGGGUCGACCGUCACAUGAUGUCAACAGUGAUUUUCAAGCUUAUAAGUGGAUUCCAUAUAAACUUGGGAAGUGCGGCCAUCGUCAAAAUCUUCGAGGGUGAGCCUGACCACCUCAUCCCCUCAGUUUCAGAUGAACUGCUCGACAAUAACAUGUUCACCGUAGCAGGCCGGAUGAUUGGCCAUUCCUUCUUGCAUCACGGCCCGAGUUUCCCAGGACUCAGCCCAGCCAUUACUCAUAUUCUCUUUGGAGGUUCGUUGGAGACUACUCCUGUGACAGUACAAGACUGUCCUGACCUCGACAUCCGUGACACUAUGAAAAUGCUUGAUGGAGAUGCCGAAUUAAAAGAAUUUGACUCCAUCCAUCAGCUCUGCCUGUCAUGGGACCUGCCAGCUCCAAAUGCCACCAACAGGAAAUGGCUGUCUGAAAAGCUUCUCUUACAUGCUGUUAUCGGGCAAACAAGGCGUCAAAUCUAUCAGUUCAGAAAAGGCUUAAAAGAGACAGGACUAUGGCCACUUCUCAUUCAGAGAAGAGACAUCAUUCCGAUCCUGUUUCCCAGAGAAUCAGAAGCACAAGUCACUCCUCAGAUGCUCUUGGAUUGCAUCAUAUGGCCAUCAUCUAUAACUGUCACCUUUGAGAGCUACGAAGUCAAAGAUGAAGAUGAGUCGGAUGCCAUAGAUGUAUCUCGAGUAUCUGGCUACUUGAAAACAUUUAUUGAUAAUGCGUCUCCAGCUGAGCUAAAGAGUCUCGUAAAGUUCUGGAUAGGAUGGGAGGUGCCAGCCACAGAGAUGAAGGUGGAAAUAGUAGAGGCCACAUUUCCAACAGCUGCAACGUGUUUUGAGAAGCUGAGGCUGCCAAGGCAUCACACAGCAUACAAAACAUUUCAUCAAGAUUUGUGUACUUGCAUAUCAACCAGUUACAGCGGUUUUGGCUGUGCCUGAAGUGGAAUAAUGUUGAAUAAUGUAGUGACAACCAUCAUGUUUAGGCUGACUGACUUUUAUUUCCCACACCGACCAUUGUCUUAUGACAUAUACCUGACUGAAGGUGGAAUUUCUGUGAUUUCCUUGCCUGUUCACAUUUAUAUUUAAUCUUCUGUGGCAGCUGUCUGAAAAUGUAUUAAUAACUAGACACUUUUUCUCUUGUAUAAAAUCUUGUAUAUUGAUUCAUUGCCUUGAAAAUACAAUGCCCUGCAGUAACA